GGGCAGCUGCCCCCGGCCCCGCUCAGCAUCGCCGUUCCCUCCCACCCGACGCGGGGGCUGGCGGAGUGGGAGUGGGCGAGCGGGGCGAAGAGCGGGCGAGCCGCAGCCGGGCUCCUAGCCCCUCCGCUCCGUGGUGGAGGUGGCUCACCCCAUCGCCACCGCGGAUCCACCGAGGGAACUUGCCUAACUUGCUCCAUCCCUGGCACCGGGACUCAUCGCCAUGGCCCCCACCAACUCUUCCCGCAACUUCUCCACGCCGGAGGCUCGGAACGGCUCAGUAGCAGAGAAGCCAGCACAGUACACCAAUGUGAUCAUGCCCAGCCUCUUCAGCAUCAUCUGUUUCCUGGGCAUUGUGGGGAACCUCAUUGUCAUCUACACUAUCGUCAAGAAGAAGAAGCUGAGAUGCAAACAGACCGUGCCUGACAUUUUCAUCUUCAACCUCUCCAUUGUGGACCUCCUCUUCCUCCUAGGCAUGCCCUUCCUCAUUCACCAGCUCCUAGGCAAUGGCUCAUGGUACUUUGGAGCUCCCCUAUGCACCAUCAUCACCGCCUUGGACACAAACAGCCAGAUCACCAGCACCAACAUUCUUACUGUGAUGACACUGGACCGUUACCUGGCGACUGUCUAUCCUCUCAAAUCUACCUAUGUCCGGACCCCAUGUGUUGCAGCUCUAGUCAUCUGCUUAGUGUGGCUCCUCUCCUUCCUGACCAUCAUUCCCGUGUGGAUGUACGCAGGUCUUAUGCCUCUGGAGGAUGGGACUGUCCGCUGUGCUCUCUUGCUUCCCAACCCAGAGACUGAUAUCUACUGGUUCACCCUCUAUCAGUUCAUGCUGGCUUUUGCUGUGCCACUGAUUGUGAUCUGUGUGGUCUAUUUUAAGAUCCUCCAGCACAUGGCCACCACUGUGGUCCCAUUGCCCCAAAGGAGCCUCCGAGUACGUACAAAGAAAGUCACUCGCAUGGCAGUUGCCAUCUGCUCUGCCUUUUUUAUUUGUUGGGCACCCUUCUACAUCCUCCAGCUGGUUCACCUCGGCAUUGACACACCAUCCAUGGCCUUCUUUUAUGCCUACAACUUUGCCAUUAGCUUGGGCUAUGCUAACAGCUGCCUCAACCCCUUCCUCUACAUUGCCCUCAGCGAGACCUUCAAGCGCCAGUUCUUAGUGGCCAUCCGCCCCACAAAAGAGCCAUGUCACAACAGCAGCUCUGUCAACAACAACAGCACAACAGAGGCCAGUGUAUGUCUGAAACUGGCACCAGAAUCCACCCAGCAGACUCAGUUUCUGGAGGACUUUUCCCCACGUUCACUGCCUGUGACUGUGGCUGUUCACUAGGGCACUCUGACGGGACCGCAGCAGAAAGCCUUCAGACCUAUAAAUCAAUGGAGAAGCAGAAGCUUCAGGCAGUUCUUGGUGAAGUGUAUGAACUACAAGCUUCCACCUCCAAGAGUCCAGCUGCCUUCUUUUUUCAUCACAGGGCUGUGCUCCUACACCGCCCUUGGCCUAUGAGAUGCUGCAUACUGCUGCUUCUUUCCACUCCUGCCCAGCAGGACUCUAUCACACAAGACACUGGGCUCCCAAAGAGGAUGGAAAAGAGAUAAAGGACAGAAAGAGGAUUUUCAAGGGGGAAUAUUGACCCCUGGAAGAAUAAAACCUCUACCGACAACACCGCCCAAUGAUUCCUCACCUCUUGUCCUGACUGAGGUUCCUACGCGACAUGUCAAUAUAAAGCUUAUUCAUUCAAAACUUGAACCUUUGAAACAGUGUCUUUUUUUUUUUUUUUUUUUUUUUUUAAUAAGAAAUCUGACCUGCAAACUUUGAUGGCUGUGCUCAUAUCCUAGCAGCAUUCAUCAGCGAGAGAUCUCGGGACCAGAAGUCUCACCUGGGUCUGUCGCUUUGUCUUUUGGUCCAACCCCAUCUGCCU